GUGGAGCAGAAGCUACAACAAUCAAAGACACCUCUCACUCAACCAAAUCUCAGUUUUGAGUUCAACUCAACUAAACUAUGUCUUCCUUAUCCCUAUAUGCCAACCUCUCCUCUCUACCAUCCUCCCUCACCAUUCGUUCUUCUUCAUCCAAAGAUACCUCUUUGAAACAGGAUUGGAGGACAAAGUCCAAACCUAUCCCACCAGGUGGCACAUACCCUGCAAAAGAUCAUUGCAGUCGUUGUGGGUUGUGUGAUACUUACUAUAUUGCCCAUGUCAAGAAUGCAUGUGCUUUCUUGGGAGAUGGAAUGUCUAAGAUUGAAAGAUUGGAACCUGUUGUUCAUGGUAGGGGCAGGAAGACUGAUAACUUGGAUGAGACCUACUUAGGGGUAUAUGAGGAACUGCUAUAUGCUCGGAAACUUAACCCUGUGGAAGGAGCUCAAUGGACUGGGAUAGUAACAACCAUUGCAAUAGAAAUGCUUAAAUCAGGCAUGGUGGAGGCUGUCAUUUGUGUACAAAGUGAUCCUGAUGAUAGAUUUGCUCCAAGACCUGUUUUAGCAAGGACACCAGAAGAGGUGUUGGCUGCUAAAGGUGUCAAGCCAACAUUGUCACCUAACCUCAAUACUCUCGCACUUGUUGAGGCUGCAGGUGUCAAGCGCCUUCUUUUCUGUGGUGUAGGUUGCCAGGUGCAAGCAUUAAGAUCUGUGGAGCACCACUUGAAUUUGGAUAAGCUCUAUGUUUUAGGCACAAAUUGUGUGGACAAUGGUACUAGGCAAGGGCUGGAUAAGUUUCUGAAAGCUGCGAGCCAAUCACCAGAAACAGUUCUACAUUAUGAGUUUAUGCAAGAUUACAAGGUUCACUUGAAGCAUUUGGAUGGUCAUAUAGAAGAGGUUCCUUAUUUCUGUCUGCCAGCAAACGAUUUGGUUGAUGUUAUUGCCCCAUCUUGUUACAGCUGUUUUGACUAUACAAAUGCUUUAGCUGACUUAGUGGUUGGAUAUAUGGGAGUGCCAAAAUAUUCUGGAAUCGGCAUGACACAACAUCCACAAUAUGUAACAGUAAGGAAUGAACGUGGAAGAGAGAUGUUGAGUCUUAUAGAGAACUUACUGGAGAUUACUCCAACAAUUAGUACUGGGGAUAGGCGACCAUUUGUCAUGGAGACUGUUAAGGCUGAUGAUGAAGCUAAGUUAGGAAGAGGUCCUUCUCAGCCUACCCCAAAGUUUAUUGGAAAUUUGCUGGCUUUUAUACUAAACUUGAUUGGUCCAAAGGGUCUUGAAUUUGCACGCUAUUCACUUGAUUAUCAUACCAUUCGCAACUAUCUUCAUGUGAAUCGUAUGUGGGGAAAGGAAAGGGCUGAUAGGCACAUGCCUACAUAUGCUAAGAAAAUUGUGGAUUUGUACAACCAAAAUGGUCAAAUUGAGAAGAUGCUUUCUAACAAGUGAUUCUAACAUAUUAAAAGCUCCCAAUCAGUGGCAUAGGUGACUUCAAAGUAUGCAUUGAGUCUAUUUUUCAUUUUACACUGAAGUCAUUGGAAAUUAUCAUGAGGUCAUAACUUAGUCUAUAUUUGGAUAACUCUUGAUUCAUAUAAAUGUAUUUAGGAUAGAGCACUCAGCAAAUAUGAAGAUUUAAAUUCGAACUUGCUGAUUACAAGUCUACUCAAUUUUUGAGCUUUGCAAAACUGCCUAUUGAGUUGUAACAAGAAAAAAUUGGAAAUAAUGUUAUAUUUUUGUUACUUUUGUGGCAUAAUAUUAGAAGUUAAAGCAUGUGAUUGAACAUUA